AUGUUCGAUGCUGGGAGACAGCAAAAGGUUCCUGGGCGGCCGCGACGGAAACAAGCUGGGAAGAGCUCACCACCUACUGUGCAGCAACUGCCUGUCGGUAAACCAGACUCUCCCAAUGCUGUAGCGCAAAACGCUGCUUUUGUGGAUGAUUGGAGUCCGUUUGAUUGGACGGGCAUGUUGUCACCCAAACCAUCCCCUCCUCAAGUGUCUGCCACCUCGAUACAAGAUGGGAUUACAGCGUCGUGGGGGUUGGGAUUCACAGACAUCUUCGAUCAGUCGACGACGUCUUGGGGCACAGGUGGUAGUCUCGAAUACACAUACACCGAUCUCGACACCACCACGAACAUAUACCCAAUCGGCACGUCUCCGAACUCCAUCACAUACGAGACAUUCUUCCCCUUGACCAACUGCCUCACAACACAUCACCCACGAAAGACAGACCCUGGACAGUUCAUGUCCGAUCUAUCUACUAUAAACCUCGGUCUUCACGUGCGUCUCGAAGCAAUGAAGAUGACCAAGACGUCGCUCAACUUUGACCUCAUGAUCUACCAGCACGGCCCUUUAUUUAUCGACAACAUCACGUUGGCAGAGUACAUCAUCACAGUGGCUCAAGAGUUCCUCUUCAUUUUGACAAAGCUCUACAAUACCCGACAUUGCCCCGAACUGUUACGUGAAUCACAACCGAUGGAGUUGAUCUGUCCAUGCCGUUUAUCCUCAGAUCUUCGGCAAUGCUCAAAGAAUCUCUUUGACGUCGCCCUUCCUCAACCUACCGUUACCUCUGAACCAUUACCUACCCCUAUUGCCUUGAUGAUCACGAGUAUCUUCAUCCAGCUCAUCACCAUCUACGAACUUAUUCUCGAUAACAUCGCUACACGAGUCGAGCGUAUUGCCGUCGAUCCGAUCGAGCCCGUCCAAGGUCUUAUAGUCUGCGGCCGACCACUUGAGAGACCUUGUACACAGGGAAUAAUCUUCUGCGAAGUGUCAGUCAGUCUGAUUGAGAAUAUUGAGCGAGUGUUGGGUGUUGGAAGGGGAGUGGAGGACAAGGAAGUCGGUUUGUUAUCGCCGAGGCAGGUUGAUGUUCUUGGGAAAGAGUUGGAUGAAAGACGUCGCGUCAUUCCUGAUCAUGCUAUGAUGACGCCUGCUAUGUUACGGAAGCUGCUUGGAAAGGUGGCGGAUAUCUUUAGGAGUAUUAGAGUGUAG